AUGGACGUGACGGGGCAUUCCCUCCAGACAUUCCAAGAUCUCCCACAAAAAAUUUCAAACACCAUCACGGCAUGGAGCUUCUCUUCCUUGAAUCAAGCAGUUGGGAAUGGUAGGAACACGAAGAUAAUUGGGCCUAAAUGGGUAGAUGGUGGUGAAAUUUCUUUUGAGGAUCAAGCAAUCCCGUCUCAGUCCCCCAAGCUAGAAUGGAUAAGCGACUUAAAUUAUAAUAAUACAACUUGGAAUGAAGAAGUGCUUAUCCGAUGGUUCGGACAACAAAAGGCUAAGUGUAUUCAAGCAAUUCAUAUCCCGUCUUUUGACUGUGAUGAUGAAUACAUCUGGCUUCACUCCAAAUAUGGGAUUUAUACUCAAAAAUCAGGUUACUGGGAGAUAAUGAGUAGAAAUGGGAAUAAUUAUGUCCCCACAUUAUUCUGGAAGCAAAAUCUCUGGCCGAAAUGGAAAAUCUUCUAUUGGAAGCUAGCUAAUGGUGCAUUAGCCACCAGAGUAAACCUUAGGAAAAAGAAAAUCCUAAGUGAGGCUCCCUGUGCGUUCUGCGGGCAGGAGGAAGAGUCGGAUACUCACCUAUUUAAAGAUUGCGAGAUAUCAAGAAGAAUUUGGGCAUCGUCAGAGCUAGGUCUCAUAAACUUAGAUAAAUGUAAGGAUUCGAUUGCUAUUUGGACUAGAAAUUGGAUUUGGUACUUCAUGCAGAAUGACACGCCAGAAAAGGACCAUGUGCAGGAGUUUGUGGGAAUUCUGUGGAGUAUAUGGAUUAGCAGGAAUAAUGCCAUCUUUAGGUCAAAAAACAAUUUGGAUCCAAAGGUAGUGUUUACCAUCCUUAAUGAAUGGAAGAAAAGGAAUAAGGAUACGCAAGAAAUGAGUAUUAAGGAAGCAGGGCAGAAAAUAAGCUUGUGUAUACAAAGAAAACAAGACACUCUAAUAUGGAGCUACAACUGGACGGUGCAGGUAACAUGGUACACACUACUAAUAGAUGGAGCUUGGAAGGGCAUAAGCACAAGGAAUAGGCACCCAGGGAUAGCAGCAUAUGGUUGGGUUCUGAAGAAGGGAAGGGAGGAAGUGGCUAAAGGUGGGCACAUUAUAAAUGCCAGUUCAGCAGAUCAAGCAGAGGCUUUAGCACUAUUGAAUAGCCUGAAAGAGAUGCUUACAAGAAAUAUCUUAGGAUUAGAAGUCUGGACGGAUUCCAAAGUACUAGUAGAAGGUCUCAGAGAGGAAAAUAAAAUGUUACCCUCUACAAAAAAUAUUUCACUAGACAUCAAAAGUCUAGGUAAAAGCUUCAAUUUCAUUAAGGUUUGUAAGGUUGACAGAAACAAAAUAGCUCAAGCCCACUCUAUUGCUACUACAGCAAGAAAAGUAGGCACUAGGUUGUAA